ACGCCCAGGAACGAACGCUAUGGAGAAGACUGGCGGUAGCCGAAAGAAACCCCUGAAACGCAAAGGCGCUACCGAGGAACCUCAGGAGGCGGCAUUUGUUAAGGAUGGGGCGACAGAAAGCGAGGUCCAACCCCCCAAAGCGUCUGCCUUUCCUCCAGGCUUCAGCAUUUCCGAGAUCAAAAACAAACAGCGGAGACAUUUAAUGUUCACGCGGUGGAAACAGCAACAGCGGAAGGAAAAGUUGGCAGCUAAGAAAAAACUUAAAAAAGAGAGAGAGGCUCUUGGUGAUAAGGCUCCACCAAAACCUAUACCCAAGACCAUUGACAACCAGCGAGUGUAUGAUGAAACCACAGUAGACCCUACUGAUGAAGAGGUUGCUUAUGAUGAAGCUACAGAUGAAUUUGCUUCUUACUUCAACAGACAAACUUCUCCCAAGAUUCUCAUUACAACAUCAGAUAGACCUCAUGGGAGAACAGUACGACUCUGUGAACAGCUCUCCACAGUUAUACCAAAUUCACAUGUUUAUUACAGAAGAGGACUGGCUCUGAAAAAAAUUAUUCCACAGUGCAUCUCAAGAGAUUUCACAGAUCUGAUCGUUAUUAAUGAAGAUCGUAAAACCCCAAAUGGAUUAAUUCUGAGUCACUUGCCAAAUGGACCAACUGCUCAUUUUAAAAUGAGCAGUGUUCGUCUGCGUAAAGAAAUAAAGAGAAGAGGCAAGGACCCCACAGAACACAUACCUGAAAUAAUUCUGAAUAAUUUUACAACACGGCUGGGUCAUUCUAUUGGACGGAUGUUUGCAUCUCUCUUCCCCCAUAAUCCUCAGUUUACUGGAAGGCAGGUUGCCACAUUCCACAAUCAAAGGGAUUAUAUCUUCUUCAGAUUUCACAGAUACAUAUUCAAGAGUGAAAAGAAAGUGGGAAUUCAGGAACUAGGACCACGUUUUACCUUAAAAUUAAGAUCUCUUCAGAAAGGAACCUUUGAUUCUAAAUAUGGAGAAUAUGAAUGGGUCCAUAAGCCCCGGGAAAUGGAUACAAGUAGAAGAAAAUUCCACUUAUAAAGCAACUGAAGGAGUAAUAUUGGAUUUUGCUGAGCAGGUCUAUCUUGAGAUUGUGACAGAAGACCCUUCAAAAGGGCAUUUGCUGAUAACACCUUUCAAAUCUGCACAAAUUACCUAGUGCCAUGAAUUACCUACCACUUACUGUUUCUGUAAGAAAUAUAAAUAAAUGUCAUUUUGGUAAGAGAUUAAGUUGUUGCAAUUUAGGUUUCUUAAAUUUUUGAUAACUGAGUAAUUAAGUUGGAAUCAAAAAUCAAUAUAGUAUUCCCCUAUGCACCUUCAUGGAACAUGUGAGUCAGAAAAAUGGUGCCUGAUAGAUUACUAGGUAACCAACACACUGGUUUUAUAUCAGACUAAUCUUUGAUCUGGCACCUAGUUUUUAACUCAGUUUUCUGAAUGAUUAAGAGGCCAGGUGUCUGCAGUUUUUAACAUUCCCUUAAGCCUGUCAGAAAGGUAAAUAUUUUAAAGCAAAAGUUUCCCAAGGACUCAAGCAAAGUUACAAAUUAUUAAAGCCAAUCUUUGGUCCUUUUUUCUUACUACAUUGUACCUCAUUUGUUGUAUUGUGGUACUCCAGGUUGUAAGUUCUUAGGUUUUUAUGUAUAAUGGUAAUACCCUUAUAAGGAGUUUAUUAAUUUGUUAUUAAAACACAGUUAACCCUAUAAAUAACUCAUGAAUAGAAAAUGUAACUUCCCCUGACCCUUAAAAGAAGUAUGCAACUUACCUUUACUUCUAUAGCAGUCUUGGAAAUGCAAGCAUAGAGUUAUGUGAGAGGAGUUGG